AUGACUGAACUUGGACUAAAAGUUGGGUUCGAAAAUGGAAAAUGCAUGAUCAGACGAGGCUCAACUGUAGUGGCGACUGCGACAUUGGUUGGAGAACUUUACGUUCUCGACAUCGUCAGUGACAUCGGAUCUGCACAUGCCGCCACCCUGCAAACGUGGCAUGAGAGCUUUGCACAUGCUAACAAAAUCAAAAAUACUGACAAUGAUUGCAUCCCUGGAAAAUGUUCUGCGUGCGUCUACGGCAAAGCCACUCGAUCUGUGAUCCCAAAAGAGCGGUCCUCGAGGCGGGCAUACUUCUGUCUAGACUUAGUUCACUCUGAUGUUUGUGGCCCCUUAGAGGUGCAGUCCAUUGGUGGUGCCAAGUACUUCAUUACCUUCAUAGAUGAUCACUCAAACUGGUCAGUAGUGUACCCUAUGCACCAUAAAUCAGAAGCAUUUGAACGAUACAAAAUGUUUGCACAACUUGCUCAGACUCACACUGGUCGCAAGAUCAAAGUGCUUCGCACCGAUCGAAGUGGUGAGUAUCUGUCCACGGAGUUUAAGUCUUUUCUGAUUGCAAAUGGUACUCAGCAUCAAAUGACGACCGCGUACACACCGGAGCAAAAUGGCGUCGCCGAACGACUGAACAGAACUUUGGUAAACUUGGUGCGCUCCAUGCUAGCGCACAAGAAAAAACUUGACGCCCGUGCAAAGGAGGCAAUGUUUCUGGGGUAUGCUGAAAAUACGAAAGCUUACAAGUUGUGGGAUGGUGAUUUGCACAAAGUGAUCGUAUCCAGAGAUGUUACUUUUGACGAGUCCACGGGAGGCAAAUCUGGUGAACCGAUGGAUACAAACGAGGAGGCUACAACUGAUGAUGACACAAUCAACUUGAACAUCGAUGAGGAAUUGAGGAAGAAACUAUUCAUCCGCCAACUAAUCUCCGUCGGUCCACUCGCCCACGCCCAUGUGACAACGGAAAUCCCAAACUCGUACAAGCAAGCUAUGGAUUCUCCAAAAGCUCGCUUCUGGCAGAAGGGCAUCGACAAAGAACUUGCUUCACAACACAAAAACAAAACAUGGACACUUGUUCCAAGAUCUCAAGCAUCAAACGUCCUGACGUCCAGGUGGGUUUUCGCAGUGAAGCAACUUCCUGACGAGUCCGGAAAAUUGGUCGAAACUGCAAAGGGACGUCUUGUGGCACGAGGCUUUCAACAAGUAGAAGGCAUCGAUUACACUGAAACUUUCGCCCCUGUCAUCAAGUUCACAACUAUCCGUCUGCUGCUGGCACUGGUUGCGCACUUUGACCUUGAGCUGCAUCAGAUGGACGUGGUGACUGCCUUCCUCAACGGUGAACUUCACGAAGAAAUCUACAUGGAGCAACCUGAAGGAUGCAUCGACAAAGUCAAACCUGAUUCGGUGAUAAAAAAUGAACUCAACAAACGAUUCGAUAUGAAAGACCUUGGCGAAGCGAAGACUUGUCUUGGUCUAGAGAUCGACCGUAUACGUUCUAAACCCGUCCUGACCGUCACGCAGUCGAAGUAUGCCCAAGCAGUACUGAAACGGUUCAAAAUGUCGGCAUGCAAUCCUUGCCUUACUCCGAUGGAACAGUCUCGACAUUUAUCUCAACACUGUGCCGACCCUCACGAUUCGCAUUGGACUGGUGUGAAACGUGUUUUGAGAUACUUGCGUGGGUCCCAGCAUCUUGGAAUAGUGUUUGGUAAAGAUGAUCUUGGUACGGAACUUCAUGGGUAUAGCGACGCAGAUUGGGGUGGAUGCCUUGAAUCACGAAAAUCAACGAGUGGGUACGUGUUCAAGCUUUGUGAUGGGCCUAUCAGUUGGGCUUCCCGGAAACAAACAGUAGUUGCAAAGUCUACUUGUGAGGCAGAAUACAUCGCACUCAGUGAAGCAUGCAAAGAGGCCGCGUGGCUUCGACGCUUCCAUGCCGAUGUACUUGGUGCGAAUUCCGAUCCAACAAUUCGCCACAUUGAUAUUAUGUAUCAUUUUGUUCGAGAUGCGGUGCAGCGAAAACUGGUCACAUUGUACCAUUGUCCGACAACAGAAAUGCCAGCCGAUAUGCUGACCAAACCACUUGGUCGCGUGCUGUUUGAAAAGUUCGUGGGCACGGUUGGGCUUUCCAAGUGCAAAGCUGCCCAAAGCAUGUGA